AUGCCACAAGCUAGGGCCAAAUUGAAGUCACUCAAAGCCUUAGUACCAGCGGAACCGAGUUCGCUUUUGUCGCGCAUCGAGCAGAAGCGAAAAUCCCUGCUACCACCGGACGCAUUGCCCUCGAAUGAUACAUCUUCCGAGUCCAGCGUCGAGAGGCCUUCUCCGCCAGUCGAGAAACCCACGACUUCCGACCAUGCUGCUAUCGGAGGAGAUAAAUCCGCCGAUGGAGCUGUCGAUGACACUAGCUCUUCUGACGACGACGACGACGACGACGACGACGAGGACGACGAGGACGACGAUGAAGACGAGACACCUCAAAAGACUGUGCGCCGCUCCACCGAUAAGCUGCUGAGCGAAAGGCUCAUGGCAGACAACCAAGCACUGGUCGAGAAACACACAGAGGAGAUUGCCGUGCUCAAGCAAGCCGCGAAAGGGGGACGUCGAAGAAUGAGAGAGAGGUCCACAGCCAGGACCGAGCACCACCGGCGGCAAAUCGCCUCCUUGAGCACCGACCUCGCAAGGCUAAUGGACAGAAAGCAGGCUCUCGAGGACCUGUUGUGCAAGAGAGCCGGCAUCGACCCACUCGACCUGGAGCGAACCUUGGUCCGUGUCGGCGAGGGCCUCAACACUUAUCGACGAUCCUUUCAGAUGGCCCACAAGUGCGAACGAGAAUAA